UAGCGCGUAGGUCUCAUAGCUACUGAGUGAUCCUGAGGUCGAGAGUUCGAGCCUCUCUCACCCCAUUUCUUUUGUUCCUUUUUACCAUUUCGCUAAAAACUCCAUUGAUGAAAAUUAGGGCUUCUUCUUCAAUUCGUCUUCUCUCUGCACCGUAUUUAGUGGAAAAACUGAGAUAUCUGACCUAAUCAUCGUUUCUUCAGGUGAAAGGCGUUAACUUCUUGCUCUUCUUCUCUCACUAUUAUCGUUUCUCCGACCGAUUUGCUGGAUAGUGACGUAAUGUGAUAGUUGCCUUCGAUUUUUAGAUGCUUAUGAGUUGGGAACACUAUCAGAUUCGAUUUAAGAUACAUAAUUGGAUAAAGGGUAAUCUCUAGAUUCACUAAUUUAGUGUUUUUGGCUGUGAAAGAGUGAGUUUUUAGCUGAUUCAGGACAGAGUUACUUGCUUACUCUGUCCCUCUUUGAAGCUCAGAAUUUGUGGGUUUAGUCUUUUGUGAGAUGGAUAGGCCUUGUUGGCAUAAUGAUCAGUUAGGUGUGAAUAAGAUUGGGAAGAACAUAAAGAAGAGUCCUUUACACCAACCCAAUUUCUCAAUUGGUAUUGAUCCCUUGAUGCUUCAACCGCAACCACAGGGUUAUAACAUAAGCAAGAAUGGUUUUAGAAGUAUUGUUCAACAGCUAACGGGUUCUCGGUCGCAUGAGAGUUUACCUCAGCCUCAGCAGAAUACUCGGUUGCAGAAGAUUGGACCAGUGGCUCAAAUACAGAUAAACCGGCCCUGUGUUCCUCCUCCUGUUAUGGCUCAACCAACUCAUGAGUUAGUUGCUAGACCACCAAUGCAUCCUUUGCCACACGGUUCACAAUCAAUUAUGGGUCAUGGAGACCAAUUUGGGUCUAAUACAGCUGAGUCUUCUGCCUCGGCGUUUAUGUGUUAUCGUCAAAGCUCACUAGGAGAUUCAGGACCUAAUGGUAACCAAAUGCAGCCAACUGAUGAGUAUCAACAGCAGCCACAGGUGCAAGGUCAAGCUCAACCGCACCCACUACUACAAUUGCAUAAUCAUCAUUCGUUACGGUUCAAUGGUUCUGCGCGAGACACACCCAUUUUGCCAACUCCUAAGUUCGACAGUCCGCCACAACAGAUGUAUAAUAGUAGUCUUCCUUCUCCUAGAUUCAACGGUCGUGGGAUAUUACCCACUCCUACGUCCCAAUAUCUUGUACAAUCUCCAACUACGUACCAAAAUUUGCUCUCCCCUAGGCCACCUUAUUCGCUGCUAUCUGCAGGAGUUCAAUAUCCUCCACCACUAACACCAAGAAGUUAUACAUUCUCAUCAAUGUCUCAACCUGGAAUUCUCGGUCCAGGCACAAUUCCUCUGCCUCCUGCAUCUCCAUUUGGGGUUUUACCAAUCUCUAGUCCAAGAUGGAGAGGUUACUGAAGAUGCACCAUCAUCUUAACUUGACUCUUUAGUUUAGUGUUUGUGCACUAUGAAAGUUGCAAUCUUUCAGAGCUUAUAGGUUACAGGAGUACAGAGCUGUAAAAACAAUACUUUUGAGAUUCUCAGAAGUAAGAAGAGCUUUGUUUGGCUGGAAUUUGGUAGAAAUAAGUUUGUGUUAAGUAGUUUCAUACAUUUUCAUCUUCA